AUGAACGUAGUUGGAUUUGAUCUUGGGAAUGAGAGUUGUGUUGUGGCAGUUGCCAGACAAAGGGGAAUUGAUGUUGUUCUUAAUGAUGAGUCAAAACGUGAGACUCCUGCUCUUGUGUGUUUUGGUGAUAAACAGCGUUUUCUUGGAACAGCUGGUGCUGCAACCAGUAUGAUGAACCCAAAAAACACCAUUUCCCAAAUUAAGCGGUUAAUAGGGCGUCCUUUUUCUGAUCCUGAAUUGCAACAAGAUCUCAAGGCUUUGCCUUUUUCAGUUACUGAGGGACCCGAUGGUUUCCCAUUGAUCAAUGCAAGGUAUCUUGGGGAAACAAAGUCAUUCACCCCAACACAAGUUAUGGGAAUGGUUUUCUCAAACAUGAAGACAAUAGCUGAAAAGAAUUUAAAUGCAGCAGUUGUGGAUUGUUGUAUUGGGGUACCUAUCUACUUCACUGAUCUUCAAAGAAGAGUGGUAAUGGAUGCAGCUACUAUUGCCGGUUUGCAUCCUCUACGGUUGAUGCAUGAGACAACAGCCACUACUUUAGCUUAUGGAAUAUACAAAACUGACUUACCUGAAAAUGAGCAGCUCAAUGUAGCCUUCAUUGACAUUGGACAUGCUAGCAUGCAGGUAUGCAGUGAAGCUCAAUGCCCUUUAGUUCAAUACAUUACACGAGAGCUUUUAACAUGCUUAAUAAUGGAACAUGUAAUGAGAUUCGCAAGCCCCGAGUAUGCACCUGUUCGUAGCGAUUCGGUUGUUGGUGAGCUGAAGUUGUCAGAGCCAACUGAUGUAAUUCUCCUAGGAAUUCCUAAAAUAGAGAAGCUAGAAAUUGAAGGGAAAGCUUUCCAUACAAACUUAUAUGCAGUUCGUUGUAAUUAUAGUGGAGGAAAAGAGGGUGAAACAGAAAGGAUCAUCAAACAUAUGAUCAACCUAUUUGGGCUAGUAUUAUCUAUGGCUCCUUCUCCUGCUCCUGCUCUUCCCCCAUCAUUUUCUUCCAUUAUGCAAAGAUUUAAAUCUUACUAG